UUUCUCGCUGGUGUGGCGGGUGUGGGGUCUUGUGUGUUUAGAUAUCUAGAGAUAUAGAGAACAAUUUAGCAACUUUCACAAACUUGUUUCGUGCACUUCAGAAUUUGUUUCCAGCUGGCUAUCUUAACUGUGUGAUUUUCAGUAAGCUCACAGACGGCCGUAAUAUUGCCAUUAUGGCUCCGUUGAGCUUGUUGUCGAUCGGCGCUUCUCUGUUGGGCCGGACAGUGGGUGUGUGCUCCAGCUCCUCUGUGCUCAGAUGCUCCUGCAUUGCUCCUGCAUUGCAGCGCUUCAGCACCACAGCAGGUCCUCCUAGGAGACCCCUCAGUGCUUACCUGUGCUACGUUAUAGAGCAGCAACCCAUUGUCCUUAAGCAAAAUCCAGAUGUCAAAAUUGUGGAUAUUACCCGAAAGAUAGCACAGCAGUGGAAGACUCUUACACCCGACCAGAAACGUCCCUUUGAAGAGGCGUCCCUCACGGACAGGGAGAGAUACAGAGUGGACUUGCAGAAAUACCAAUCUCAGCUCACACCUGCACAGGCCGCAGCAAUCGCAGAGGAGAAAAGACGGAGGAUGGAGAAAAGAAAUGCAAGCAGGAAGAAGAGGGAGCUGAACAGUCUUGGCAAGCCAAAGAGAGCCAGGUCAGCCUUCAACGUCUUCAUGGCAGAGCACUUUCAGGAGGCAAAAGGAAGUAAUGUGCAGGCCAAGCUGAAGUCCCUGAUGGAUGACUGGAAGGAUCUUUACGUUUCACAGAAACAGGUUUACGUGCAGUUAGCAGAGGACGACAAAGUCCGCUACAAAAAUGAGAUGAAAGUGUGGGAGGAACAUAUGACUGAACUGGGAAGGGAGGACCUCGUUCGACAAAAAGAGAAGAAGGCAACAGGGACCAAAGGUGACAAAAACAAUUCCACAGUGAAGGUAUUAAAGGACAAAGUACCUACGAAAGAAAAAGUGGCGAAAAAGACUCAGCCGCCCGCCAAAAAGGCAUUAGAAAUUACCGAAAUGUGAGGGGUGGGUUUCUGUGGUGGAAAGGGAUACAUGAUAAAAAGCUAGGCUACCUUGGCAAUAAAAUGUGUUUUUGGAGGAAAUACGUUUCCAUUAUUAGUGCUGCUUGUAUGUAGUGUGCAUGAAGCAUUUCAAACUGACAAACAAUUAUUGGCCAGUUGCUCAAGAACUUAAAACAGUGUUUCACAUUAUAUUCAAAUGCAGAUUAAUUUAGUUUUUGUUCAUCAUAAAGGCUUUAUCAACAACUGCAAUACUGACAUACUUCUUUUAGUGUUUUGGAACAUAAGCACUUGAUCAUGCUUAAUAAAGCUUUGUUUUGUA